AUGUCGUUUGUAAAGAGCAAAAUCAAGCGGUUUAACGAAGUCUCGAGUUGUGCACCACCACCUGGAACAUAUGAUCCAAAAAGUCCAUGUCCAAAACUUGUUAAAGGUUCAAAAUUUGACAAAGCGGAGAGAUUUAAAGAACCUUCUGUCCCACAAACUGCCAAAAAAAUUGUAAAAGUUCAUUCAACGUUUAAAAUCGGAUCUAAUUUCAGUUCGCAAAGUUCAGUUUACACAGAAUGUUCUAAAAAAUCUAACAAAACUGUAGAAUCUGAUUCAACAAGAAUUGGUUCGACAAAAAUAAGAGCUAAACGUCUUUUGGAAUUGAAAAAAUUAGACUCCAACCUUACUAAAGCUCUUGUUGAAAUUGAAAAACUAGAUGAUUCUAAAAGUACCACUGACACGUGUAAAGACUACAUUAAUACAUGUCGCAGUGCUUGCUCAGAGGCAUUGGAAAACCGUGUAUGUAGGAUGGUCAUUGAAAACUCUCAAGCUGCUUUAUAUGCAGUUUGCGAUCGUUUACGCGAAACAUGCAAACAUAAUGAACAUUUACAGAAUGAAACUGCACGUUUGCGAGAAGAAAUUGGUGAAAAAAAAUCCUUUGAAAAAUUGGCCGCUGAUCAAAUUGCCAUUGUUGAACAUAAACUUACUGAAAAAGUUAAUGAUUAUAUGAAGAUUUCUGAGGCAGUCAAAGAUAAAUGGUUAACUAAAAUGAGAUAUAUUUUGGUUGCUCUGGAUGAAUUAGAAUCUAUGGUUGAUGGUGAAGUAAAAGAAAUUAUUCAAAAACUUAAACUGGACAUUGAAAAUACAGAUCCAGAAGGUCCAAACUACAAACAACUUUUAGAGAAAUAUGAGAAGACCCUUGACAGAAACAUUCAACUUGAAGAAAUUGCUAAAAAACAUGACGAUUUGGAAAGAAAAAUAAUUGAUUUGACAAAUGAAAAGAAUGCAAUGGCAGCUAAAUUACAAAUUAAUAAACUAAAGACAACUGGUUUAUCAAAGAACCGUUUAGAUGCUUUGGCUACACCUCGCAGACGUGUUGAUGCUGAAAAUAUUGCCCCCAAAAAUAAAACUUAUGUACUUAAAAAUAAUACUUUUAACACUGUGAAACCAGUUGCUCAGUCUUCUCCAUUGAGAGAAAUGAACUGGUAA